AGUUCUUUUCUCUGUACAGGGAAGUAAGAAGCGCCACCAUGGCUGGCAUUUUUGGAGACGUCACGAAGAUCGACACGACUGGGGCAUCGGAAAUAACAGCCAAGCAGGAUAAACUCACUGUUAAAGGGGUGGAAGCCUCAAACAAACUGGCUGAGCAUGAUCUGAAGAAGAUGGAGCAGUACAAGAGCAUCAUCACCAAAGUUGGCAGAGCUAAGAAGAUCGACCCAGCUGUGAUCGCAGGCAUUAUAUCCAGAGAGUCGAGGGCUGGAGCAGCGCUUGUUGAUGGCUGGGGAGACCACGGGAACGGCUUCGGACUCAUGCAGGUUGACAAGCGCCACCACACUCCAAAAGGAGCCUGGAACAGUGAGGAGCACGUCACCCAAGCCACCGAAAUUCUAAUAGAAUCCAUUCAAGCAAUUCAAAAGAAAUUCCCCAGCUGGUCCAAGGAGCAUCAGUUAAAAGGAGGAAUCUCAGCCUACAACGGAGGUCCAGGAAACGUCCGCACAUAUGAGCUCAUGGACAAGGGCACAUCAGGAGAUGAUUAUGCCAAUGAUGUGGUUGCUCGGGCUCAAUGGUUUAAACGCAAUGGCUACUAAGCAGUAUUUUUAUUCCUAUCUCACGCUGCAUACUUGGCACAUUUUUGACUGUAUAACUGCAUGUGCUGUAUUUUUUUCAACUAGAAGCUUAUACUUACAAAGUGACAGGGCUACAUAGCAAUCUUUAUAUCUUUUGUAACUUAAAAACUUAAACACCUGUGCUGUUUGAACUGUUGAUCGGCAAUAAGUUGGUAACAAUUGGCAUUGGGAUCGUAUACAAAAAAAUUUGCACUGUAUGUUCAGAUGAUUUCUGCUGGAAAUUAGAAUAAGAACUUUUACAAAUAAAUAACAGGUUAUGCUUUUA